AUUGGUUUCAGGGUUACAGCACAAAGAAACAAAACCCCAUGUACAUGACAAGUGCGAUGGAUUAUGGGUAAGCAGCAUAAAUUUUGACCAUUAUGCAAAUUACCAUCAAAUAUUAAUAUACCAGCCCCCCCUUUUGUUAAACCAGUGUGUAAAUAAAGUAUCUUUAAAGAAGUCAUCAAAUACAGCCAGUUUUAGUUACUUUAAGUAAAGAGUCACAUCCUGGAAAGCUGAUUGAAAGUUGCCUUCUGGUCAGGGCCUAUAAAAAUGAUUCAGUUUAGGAUCAGAAAUGUCCCUAGAGAUACCAGAAUUUUGUCUUGAGAGUGUGGCUCCAAUUGAUUAUUUUUCUCAACAAAAUAACUAGCAUUUACAUUUUCUUUAAAGGUAUCUUCAGCACAAUGAAAGCAUAAGAGAACCUAACUGGUGUUUAUAACUAAAGAUUUCUUUUAUCUUGCAGGAGCCAUCGUCCUACCGUACACACUAUGCCUACAAGUUUUCAUGCAAAAGUCCAGAAAUUUAGUGAACAUUUAGGGACAUGUGGAAUGUACAGAAAUCAGGGCCUUAAUACAGCAUUGGACAAAAGCAUUGUGUAA